AUGGAUAAAUUGAAUAUUUUGAAUUUUGAUGAACACAUUCUGGAAAGAAUUUUCAGCUACGUAAGGAAACGUCAAAAUAUUGCUUUAACUUGCAGAUUGUUCUAUGAUCUUGUUUGUAAAGUUGAAAAGUUUGCACAUAAAUUAGUUAUACAACCUUGGACAUUGAAAGAAAGUUUCAUCUCCAUGAAUAAUUCUUUACGACAAUUCAACGAACUUGAUUUAAUUGCCUUCUCCCUCCCAUCAUUAAGUCAACAAGAAAAGAAAAUGCUCGGAAAACUUGUUAAAACUGUGACAAAAGCAAGAAUCUCUCGUGUAGAAGCGAACCAAGUUCUUCAUCUUGAAGUUUUGUCUUUGAUGCCACAACUUGAAAUUCUUGAUCUGAAUUUCUCUGAUGUAAUCACAAAUCAUGAAAUCAAACAAGAAACUUUGACUCUUAAAUCUUUACGAGUAUUAAAAAUAAAAUCUGAGACUGGAAUUCCAUACGAGGUCAUUAACCAACUUCCAAGUGGCGUUCUACAUAAUCUGUCAUUGGACAUUAAAGAUUAUAAUAAAGAUUUGACAGAGUUUUGGAAACUUCAACCAAACAUUAAAAGUCUCAUAACUAAUUUCGUGAAACUUUCUCAGUUAAAAAAUUUAAAACUUGAAAAUUUUUCAUGUUCAGCUUCUGAAAGUGAUUGUGAAGAUCUCGUCGAGUUCCUUCAAUCACAAUCAAAUUUAAAAUCGUUUGAAUUUUUAAGUUGGAUGCAAACUUCCAGAGUUGUAAGCAUUUUAAAUGUCGCCAGAAUGUUUUAUGAUUUGCAAUCUGUAAGCAUUUGUGUGGAAGAAGUGACAAUCGAAAUUAUGAAUUUGUUGGCUAGAUUAGAAAAUUUGAAUGCUUUGAAAUUAGAAAUGGCUUUUGAUGAUGACAUUUCCCUAGAUAUUCUAACUUUCGUUACAUUUCCAAGAGUUCAAUGUCUGAAUUUAAUUAUUAAAACUUUGACAAUUCAAAGUCAUCAUUUAGUUGAUUUAAAACACGCGUUUCCUGUCUUGAAAUCGCUUCGUGUUAAAAUUUUCAGUGUUUGUAAUCUUUGUGAAGUUCUCGACAAUCUUGAUGGACUUGAAAAAUUUUCAGUUGAUUUCUGGUAUCACGACGAAGAUAAACUUUAUGAUUUCUUCAAGCCAACUCUUAAUUGUAAAAUUUAUUCAGAAAUAAGAGAACUUCAAUUCGAAAUUUAUAAACCAAAUUUAGAUUCACGUUGCUUGUCUAGUGUCGUUAAUUACAAUGCAAUGCCAAAUUUGCAAUCGCUUGCAGUUAAAGGAUCGUGUCGAAUGUUAUUUGACGAACAGUUUCUUAAAUUCAUCAACAAUUUACCAAGCAUUGAAAACUUGGAUGUUGAGAAACUUCGAAUUCCUGGAAAUUUCAACAUUUCCCAACAAGCUUUCAAAGCUUUCCAAAAACUUUCUCAAAUGAAAUUUGUUAAAUUGAAAAUUGAGUGUCCACGAUCAGAGAUCAUUAAGAUGAAAAACUUUCUAGAUAAGAAUUUUGAUGAGUUGUCAUAUUCUAAAAGCGUUUACUUUGUGAUAAGAAAAUGA